CGGUUGUCAGAAUCCUCAUGUUAUUCGCUAUAAAAACGGCUUGCUAGAAACUGCGCUUGACGUUGAACACAACGUUCUCUGUCAAAGUCGAAUUAAAUUCGAAGUGUUUGGGUUUUUUGUUAUCGUUUUGUUGUAAAUUGUAACUCUUCGGUUUUCGGGUAAAUAAAAUUUUUGUGUGUAAUGAUGCCAGCAGAUCAAGAAUUAAAUCAAGUAUUGGUGAGGAGACAAGAAAUUAACGAAGCUUUGGAUAAUGGCAAUGAAAUUAAAAUCAAGUACAGAGUUGUUAAUGUUUACACAGAGUUUAAGGAGUUUACUAGGAAGGAAAUUAAGAAAUAUGAAGAUACAUUCAAAAAAUUCAAUACAAACAAAGAUGGUUACCUAAGCAUAGACGAAUUAAAGAGAAUGAUGGAAGUGUUAGGCGCCCCUCAAACCCACCUCGGCCUCAAGGCGAUGAUCAAGGAAGUGGACGAAGAUGAUGACGGUCGCCUCUCCUUCCACGAGUUCAUGUUGGUGUUCCGCAAAGCCCGCGCUGGAGAACUCGACGAAGAAUCCGGAUUGGCACAGCUAGCUAAAUUGACCGAGAUAGAUGUUGACAAAGUUGGAGUUAAUGGAGCUAAAGAAUUUUUUGAAGCCAAGAUCGGGGAAUUAGCGAAAAAAGGCAAGUUUGAAGAUGAGAUUCGUCAAGAGCAAGAAGAAAGGAAACGUAUUGAAGAAGAAAAAGCUGUACGAAAACAACAUUUUCUCGAGAAAGCAGCGAUUUUCAAAUAAAUUGAAUACCUACUCAUUUUAAUUAUUAAAUACUACCACGACUUCGUUCUAUCGCAUAUUUUAAUUUUUAGAGCAUUUAAGUAAUAAUAACCUACCUGAAUUAUAAAUUUAUUUGUAUAUAAAAGCCUAUAUAGUAUAUAGGAGUU